AUGGAAGACUUUGUGAAGCACGUGGGUUACAUCGAAGCUUUGGUUAUCCCUGCGGGAGCCAGGAGGAUCAAAGUUGUGGAGGACAAACCCUCACAUAGCUUUCUGGCUCUACAAGACUCCAGUAAAGGGUCCAUCAACAGUGACUGGAAGAUCGAGCUUCCAGGAGAGUUUCAGUUGGCCGGGACCACGGUGCGCUAUGUUAGAAGGGGACUUUGGGAGAAGAUGUCUGCCAAGGGACCCACUAAUACACCCUUACACCUGAUGGUGCUGCUCUUUCAUGACCAGACCUACGGUAUCCACUAUGAGUACACAGUGUCCCUGAACACCACUCAAGGCAGGAGCAGUGAGGAGCCAAGGGAGCCAGAGUAUCUCUACAUCUGGACGCACAGCAGUUGGCAGGACUGUACUGUCCAAUGUGGAGGAGGUGAGAGGAGGACAGUGGUUUCCUGUAUGAGGAUAGUCAAUAAAUCCAUGGAGGCUGUCAACAAUAGCUACUGUCAACCUGAGAACCGACCACACCCCCAAGUACGACUAUGCAACUCCCAUCCCUGCCAGUACCGGUGGGUGACAGGAGAGUGGGGAUCCUGCUCCGUCACAUGUGGUAAAGGUGUUCAGCAGAGGGACGUGGCUUGUGUUUACCAUUUUCAGAAUGGCUCACUCAUCCACACCAGGGAUCUGUAUUGCCAAGGAGGAAAACCUCCUGUUGUGCAGGGCUGUGAGGGCCGCCUCUGCCUCACUUUGUGGGAGGCUUCAGAAUGGUCCAAGUGUUCAUCGGGCUGUGGUCCAGGUGUUCACAAGCGCACUGUGUCAUGUACAAACCCCCAGGGUCUGUGUGAUCCUCUGUCCCAGCCCACUCAGGAGGAGCCCUGUGAGGACUACUCCAGAUGUUACGAAUGGAAGACUGGAGACUGGUCCAAGUGCUCAUCAUCCUGCGGGAAGGGCCUGCAGUCGCGAGUGGUCCAGUGUAUGCACAAAGUGACUGGUCGCCAUGGUAACGACUGCCCAGUGACGCUGAGACCACCGACCUACCAGCCCUGUCAUCAUGGUACCUGCAACGACAAAAUCAAUGUGAACACCAUCACCUCUCCCAGGCUAGCUGCUCUGACCUACAAAUGCAUGGGGGACCAGUGGACGGUGCACUGUCGUGUGAUCCGAGAGAAGAACCUCUGUCAGGACAUGAGGUGGUACCAGCGCUGCUGUGAAACCUGUAGGGACUUUUAUGCCAAGAAAAUACUGCACAAGAGCUAAUGACCAAAUGCACCUACUUUUCCUCUACAUAACGCUCCUUUUUGUAAAUGUUUUUAA